UAGAAUGUGUUAUAUCUAGUCCUAGAUUUAAAUUUUUUUAGGACUAAGGGAGUACUAACUAUCAGAACAAUACUGAAAAUGGUAUUCGCGACGUGAUAGCCCGGUCAUAGAAAAAUUAAAAAUAUAAAGUGAGGCCCAUCUGUCAUCCUACACUAUUUCUCUCCUUCCUUCUCUACCGGACUUCCGCGGCGCCGCAAAAGUACGAAGGCAAUGAGUAGCGGAUGUACGCGUGCGCCGUCACUGGCCUCUACAUCCUCCAACCACUCCGUCGGCUUCCACGGCAACGGUGACCACCGACCACCGCCUCCCGCUUCAUGCCCAAGUACCCAAUCUGGAGACUGGAGCCACUGGACCUCAGGCUCAUCUGUGACGAGGAGCCAGUCGAGAGAGUUGGAGUCCGGGAGAGCCCCCAUGAGAAGGUAUUCGAGCGGCUAAGCCGGGAUGGUGCCAUCUCCACCGUCGCCGCCACCGUCACCGUCACCGUCACCGCCGCUGCCAGUGUUAGCCUCGACGUUGCCUGGGUGUCCGACCUCAUCAACUGAGGCUGUAUGUCUGAUGUCACUAUUGGAGCAGCUCCAAUGUGUGCAGAAAUCGAACUGAGUAUAUCGGAGACAGCACACUGGGAGAGUCGAUUGUUGUGUGUCAGAUAGCAAAAUCGAUCUCCAAAAUUGAGUUAGUGUUAGACAAUUAAAGUAUUAUUUGUUGCUGAUGGGGUUGAACAUAUUCGAGCCCAAUCAAAUAAUUUACAUUUUCCCCUUAACUUUUCUUGCUGUAUGUGAGUCCUAUAAAUCGAUGUGCACACUGCAGCCACCGAA